AUGUUUUCAAAAUUUCAUUUGAUAUUUAUCACCACUUUAACUUUCAUUGCUAUUAUUAUCAACUCUGCCCUUACCGCGCCUGUUGAAAAUCCGAAUAAACAUAAAGAAAUCUUCAACGCUCGUGUCGACACCGCAGUGUCCAUCGUGACCAAGCAAUAUCCGUCUGCGAAAUUGUAUGAAGCCGAUGGUAAGGCUUUAGGGGAGCUGACGAGAGAUCCUGCGAAAAUUGAUCACAUGAGAGUAGUUUUUUGGAAUGAAAACCAAACGACGGUUAUUAUAGAGGAAACCAGCCUUGGCAAAUUUGGCCAGCCAACAUUGCUUAAUGAGCCAUGGUUAGAGGACAUAGAAAUCGAAUGGCCAAUAAAGAUGACUUUAGAUAGUGCCCACAAGCUUAAAGAAGCAGCUGGAUUCAAUGAGCCCUAUAAGACCGUUACUUUACGACAUAUUCUGUAUCCAGGCAUAAGACAUCCGCUUUUUAUCUUUGGCAACGGUUCGUCACAAUUUGUUUUUGUUGACACUGUGACCAGUAACGUAACUACCGGCAAAUGA